AUGUCGCUCAACGACCUCACCCAGGGCGCCAUCGCCCAGAUGGUCCAGACCUCCGAUCCGUCGAGCUCGGUGCAGAACCCCGUAUGCCAGAUCCUCAGCAUCAAAAAGAUCCAGGCAAGCGCCGCGUCCGCCUCCAGCAUGGGCGACCGUUACCGCAUCAUCCUCUCGGACGGCGUCAACUACGCCCAGGCCAUGCUCGCCUCGCAGAAGCGAUCCAUGGUCGAGUCGGGCGAGCUCGAGAAGCACUGCCUCGUGCGCAUCUCGCAGUACGCCAGCAACUCGGUGCAGGGCCGACGCAUCCUCAUCCUGCUCGACCUCAACGUCGUCCACCAGCCCACCGCCGACCGUAUCGGCAGCCCCACCAACGUCGACGACUCCAUCAAGCCUGAAGGCGGCGUCAAGCAGGAGGGUGGUGCUGGUGGCGCGCUCGGAAACAGCAACGUCGGCAACAACUCGGCUGGCAGGACGACGCCCGCCACCUCGGCCGCCGGUGCCGGCAAGGUCGGCGGCGGUGCCGCAGGCCGACCUGGUGGCAGCAGCGUCCACGCAGGCAUGCCCAUCUACCCGAUCGAGGGUCUGUCGCCCUACCAGAACCGAUGGACCAUCAAGGCGCGCGUGACGUCCAAGUCGGACAUCCGCCACUGGUCGAACCAGCGCGGCGAGGGCAAGCUCUUCUCGGUCAACCUGCUCGACGACAGCGGCGAGAUCAAGGCGACGGGCUUCAACGACGCCGUCGACCGCUUCUACUCGAUGCUGCAGGAGAACCACGUCUACCUCAUCUCCAAGGCGCGCGUCAACAUUGCCAAGAAGCAGUUCAGCAACCUGCAGAACGAGUACGAGAUCACGUUUGAAAACUCGACCGAGAUCGAGGAGUGCACCGACGCCACGGACGUGCCCGAGGUCAAGUACGAAUUUGUGCGCAUCAACGAGCUGGAGAGCGUGGAGCCCAACCAGACGUGCGACGUGAUCGGCGUGCUGGACAGCUACGGCGAGCUGAGCGAGAUUGUCAGCAAGGCGUCGCAGCGACCGGUGCAGAAGCGCGAGCUGACGCUGGUGGACCAGGGCCAGCGCAGUGUGCGGCUGACGCUGUGGGGUAAGAAUGCCGAGAACUUCCCCAACCACGCCGGCGUCGACGAGAAGCCGGUGAUCGCCUUCAAGGGCGUCAAGGUGGGCGACUUUGGCGGACGCUCGCUCAGCAUGUUUUCGAGCUCGACCAUGCUCAUCAAUCCGGACAUUACCGAGUCGCACGUGCUGCGCGGAUGGUUCGACAACGACGGGGCGCACGCGCAGUUCCAGCCGUUCACCAACGCCGGUGGUGCCGGUGGCGCAAUGGGUGGUGGUGCGGCCAACAUGGCGGAGCGCAGGACGAUCGCCCAGGUCAAGGACGAGAAUCUGGGCAUGAGCGAGAAGCCGGACUACUUCAACGUGCGCGCGACCGUGGUGUACAUCAAGCAGGAGAACCUGUACUACACCGCCUGCCCUUCGGACGGAUGCAACAAAAAGGUCACGCCCGACCACGAGGGCAACUGGCGCUGCGAAAAGUGCGACCGCUCGUACGAGCAGCCCGAGUACCGCUACAUUCUGUCGACCAAUGUGGCGGAUGCGACGGGACAGAUUUGGCUGUCGGGGUUCAACGACGAUGCCACCAAGCUCAUGGGCAUGUCGGCGGGCGAGCUGCACAAGCUGCGCGAGGAGAGCGAGUCCGAAUUCACCGCCGUGCUCCACCGCGCCGCCAACCGCAUGUACACCUUCAACUGCCGCGCCAAGAUGGACAGCUUCAAUGACCAGGCGCGCGUGCGCUACACCAUCUCGCGCGCCGCCCCCGUCGACUUUGCCAAGGCAGGCGCAGAGCUCGCCGACGCCAUCAACGCGUACAUGUAG